UGCUGUAUUCUUUGGAUCCACACUUCACUAGCCAGUAAAAUUGUGGAAGAGUUUUUAAGAAGAUAUGGCAUCACUACAAGAUAUUGCUCUGUCGGCAUUUAUAAAUAUUCUAUCUGCAUUUGCAUUUUUUGUGGCAUUUGCUAUAUUACGGCUUCAGCCAUUCAAUGAUAGAGUAUAUUUUCCUAAAUGGCAUCUCAAAGGGAUAAGAAGCAGCCCAAGACUUUCAGGAAACUCUGUAACCAAGUUUAUUAACUUGGAUUGGAGAACAUAUUUAAGGUUUUUGAGUUGGAUGCCAGCUGCACUGAGAAUGCCAGAACCUGAAUUAAUUGAUCAUGCUGGACUUGAUUCUGCUGCAUAUAUCAGGAUUUAUCUUCUUGGGUUAAAGAUAUUUGUGCCUUUAACCAUUCUUGCUUUUGGUGUCCUGAUUCCUGUUAAUUGGACUGGUGAUACUUUGGAGCAUUUAGAUGUAGAAUUUAGUGACAUUGACAAGUUCUCAAUAUCGAAUAUUGCAAAAGAAUCAAAAAGGCUUUGGACACAUCUGGUAAUGGCAUACGUCUUUACAUUUUGGAUUUACUAUGCAUUAUACAAAGAAUAUAAGAUCAUAACAACAAUGAGGUUGCAUUUUCUUGCAUCUGAAAAUCGUCGAGCAGAUCAAUUUACGGUUCUUGUAAGAAAUGUUCCACCAGAUCCUGAUGAAUCUGUUAGCGAGCAUGUUGAGCAUUUCUUUUCUGUGAAUCAUCAGGAUCAUUAUCUAACACAUCAGGUUGUAUAUAAUGCAAAUAAUCUUGCAAAAUUGGUUGAUCGAAGGAAAAGUUUGCAAAAUUGGCUGGUCUACUAUGAGAACAAGAAGACUAGAAAUCCCGAAAAGAGGCCAAUAACAAAGACAGGAUUUUUAGGUCUAUGGGGAAAAACUGUGGAUGCUAUAGACUAUUACACUGCUGAGAUUGAGAAGCUAUCGAAAGAGGAAGCUACAGAAAGAGAAAGAUUAGUCAGUGAUCCUAAAGCUAUAAUGCCAACAGCAUUUGUCUCCUUCCGAACUCGAUGGGGGGCAGCUGUUUGUGCUCAAACUCAGCAAUCAAGUAAUCCAACAUUGUGGUUAACUGAGUGGGCUCCUGAGCCACGUGAUGUUUAUUGGUCCAAUCUUGCAAUCCCAUUUGUUGAGCAGACAAUGCGAAGGUUGAUGAUGGCUGUUGCAUUUUUCCUCCUUACAUUUUUCUUUAUGAUUCCAAUUGCAUUUGUGCAGUCCCUAGCAAACAUUGAGGGCAUUGAGAAAGUUGCGCCUUUCCUAAAACCUAUAAUAGAAAAGGAAGUUGCAAGUUCAUUUAUAAAGGGCUUUCUAUCAGGAAUUGUAUUAAAGAUCUUCCUGAUCUUUCUCCCAACGAUACUUAUGACUAUGUCUAAGAUAGAAGGUUAUGGAUCAGUAUCGGCAUUGGAGAGGAGAUCAGCUGCAAAGUACUAUCUUUUUAUACUGGUUAAUGUGUUUCUUGCGAAUGUAAUUGCUGGAGCAGCAUUUGAACAGCUCGACACAUUCGUGAAUAAGGAAACACCUAACAAAUAUCCAGUUAUUGUUGGGACGGCUAUUCCAGCGAAAGCAACAUUUUUCAUUACUUAUAUAAUGCUUGAUGGCUGGGCUGGUGUUGCUUCAGAGAUUGUUAGAUUGAAACCGCUAAUCAUUUACCAUUUGAAGAAUGCAUUUUUGGUUAAAACUGAGCAAGACCGGGAGCAGGCUAUGGAUCCUGGGAGCUUAGAUUUUGCCUCCUCAGAACCUAGAAUACAACUGUACUUUUUGCUUGGCCUUGUUUAUUCUGUUGUCACACCGAUUUUUCUUCCUUUCAUAGUUGUCUUCUUCAGUUUGUCCUAUGUUGUUUUUCGUCACCAGAUCAUAAAUGUAUACGACCAAGAAUAUGAGAGCGGAGCAGCAUUUUGGCCAGAUGUACAUAGACGGUUGAUUAUUGCAAUGAUAAUAUCACAGCUUACACUUAUGGGCUUGAUGUCUACAAAAGACCCUAAGCAUGCUACACCAGUACUCAUUGCUCUUCCUAUAUUGACCAUAUGGUUUCAUAAAUAUUGCAAGAGUCGAUUUGAGCCUGCUUUUGUGAAAUUCCCACUACAGGAAGCAGUGGUGAAGGACACGCUAGAGCGAGCUAAAGAUCCAAACCUAAAUUUGAGAAGUUACCUCCAAGAUGCAUAUGUUCACCCAGUCUUUCAUAGCAAAGAUAUCGAACGGCUAGUAGCCAUUGAUGAGGAAGAAAACAACCCACUUGUGCCCACCAAACGGAAUUCUAAUAGGAGUACGCCUGGAGGAAGCAAAUAUGGUUCUGAGGCUGGGUCCGAGAUCGAAUAGUAAGAAUCAACUUGUCACACCUUAUCUUGUAGUCAUAUUCUCUUCUAAGACCUGUCAGUUAUGCUGACUCUAUUAAAUGAUUCUGUAAAAGAACCAAAGCCCUUAUGCAAGUACAACUAGAGAAUGUAAACAAAAUCCUGAUAUCAGCACCAAAAUUGAUUCUGGAAUUGCUUGUCCUCA